CCAUGGCACUCUAGCCCGGGCAACAGAGUGAAACUCUAUCUCAAAAAAAAGAAAAGAAAAGAUACAGAGAGACAAAUAUAUGUGCCAUGAAGUCAACUUACACACUGAAAGAUAAAUACAGUUAACUCAGUCACACACCAACAUGCCUCCCUCCCCUUCGGCCCCAGAUAAGGCUCUGAUUCUUCCCUUCAAACAAAUCUGUAGAUAAGGCCCUAAUGAGAGCUCCUGGCCCUCCCACGGGCUGGCUUUGUUUACUCUACUUCCUGCCUCUCCUGUAGCCUCCCCACCCCCAGGGAAGGGCCUCCUUAGAAUGGUGCUCCGAUUUCUGCCCCUGCACCCAGGAGAGGGUGGAAUGCUCCAGCAUUUCAGCUUCUGGCCUGUGGCUCACCCAUGUCUCCCCCACACCCCGGGCCUUUCACUUCUAGGCUCCUCAAGGACAGGCCCAGCUCAACUCAGGGAACUUCUAAAUCACCCUAUCCCCCACUGCAUGUGCAAAGUUAUGUGGACACAGAAGAACCUAUAUCCCAGACAUGAUCACAGACCAGAUAAACCAAGUGCAGUCAGUACUAAACAGGGUUGUGAGACAUGGCUUUAGGUCUCCUGCACUCCCUGCUGUCCUCAUUGGACCUCAUCCCUCUGAGGUGGUAUCCACUUCUGUCAGGCCUGCCCCCCAUCUGCAGCUGCCAUCUGCUGACCCCCUUAUCCAGGGCAAAGCCUCUCACCCAUUCUUCUGAGAACAGACGAUACAUGCUCUAGGACUUCGUCCCUUUUUGGGGCAGAGAUCAGAAACCUGCUGGCCCUGUCUGCCCCCUGACCUUACAGUGUGUCUGCCCAUCCUCUGAAAUAACCUUUCAACCUUUUAAUACUCAGCCCUAGAGGAGGAGAGGAAGGCUGGGGUCUGGACCCCAUCGAAUCAAGAGCAUCCCUGGAGUUGAGGGUGUUCCAUCUGGAACAGCAUGUCUCAGGGGUGGGCCUCAGCCCACUGCCCCAGGUUCACCAGACCCUAGUUAAAAAGGCAAGCUUUAAACAGUUACUCAGACCAGACUGGAUCAGGGUGGGGUGGGUGGAGCCCCGGGGAUCUGCAUUUUAACACUUGCCACCCAUUCUUGGGGUUUAAUGUGACAGCCACUGCUCUAGAUCCUUGGAGGAUGGCCUCUGAGCAGGGGUGGGCAUGUGGCAUGGGGGUGUGAGCACUAGUUAUGAUCCUGGAGAGUGACAGGGUGAUUGUGAGGGCAAAGAGAGGCCUGGAUGAGGGACAGAAAGGUAUUUUGUUUUUUCUCCCCUCCUUCCCUUCCCAGAGAUAGGUAUUGUUGUCCUUGGUGGUUCAGUGUGACACUCAUUCGGCUCUUAUUUAGAGCCUGUGUGCAUGUGGGCCAACAGGUGUGCUAUCCAUCAUGGUAUGUUUGGGGUUAUGGCCAGUCUCUAAAUGAGUGUUCGGGCCAAUUUAUGUGAGUAUGUUUGAUCAGAACAUGUGAUCUGCCUGUGUUGGCCUGUAGUCUAUGUUGGUCAAUUGUCAGUAUAUCAGUCAGCAUACCUGCCUGUGUGUUCAUGUUUUUUCCUGGGUGUCGAGUCAUUCAUCCACCGUGGAGUGUGCGUGCGUGUGUGUGUCCCUGAGCAGGCACAGGGCCCUCUGGACUGUAAUCUAACCUCCAUGGGUCCCUGGAAGGUCAGGGUUUGGAGACUUGCUAGGAGCUUGGUGGCCAUAUGGCAGUGUUGCUGGGGAGGAGUGGGGAGGCAGACAGGAGUGUGCACUAAGGCUGGCACUGCCGCUUCUCUGGGCAGGCGAGUCCCAACACAGACAGACAGGUGGGGCUGACCUGACAGGUUCCAGAGGCCAGGGGCAAUGGGGCGGAGCAUGCCUCUGACUUAGGGUGGCAACGGUUUGAGGGCCCUGCCACACACGGAGUGCGCAGGCAGGAGGCGGUUCUGCUGAUACCUUCUUCUGCUACAGCCAACCCUGCGUGCAGGCAUGGGGCAACCAGGUGGGCAAGCAUGUUUGGAGGCCUAGGACCUGGGAGCCCAGGGCAUGGCGGGACCCCUGCGGGGCCGGGUGGAGGAGCUGAAGCGGCCGUGGUGGCGGGAGAGCUCACCACUGGUGCUGCGGCACAGUGAGGCAGCCCGGCUGGCAGCUGAUGCCCUCCUGGAGCGAGGUGAGGCUGCCUACCUGCGGGUCAUCUCUGAGGAGCGGGAGCUGCCCUUCCUGAGCGCCCUGGACAUUGACUACAUGACUGGCCAUGUGCGUGGGAGCCCUGAACUUAGCGAGGCCAGGAGGCCAGAGGCCUCGGGGCCUGACUGCCUCAGCCUGCUCUCCGAAGUCACCUCAGGCACUUACUUCCCCAUGAUCUCCGACGUAGACCCCCCAGACCUGGACCUGGGCUGGCCUGAGGUUCCACAGGCCACGGGCUUCAGCCCCACCCAGGCCGUGGUCCACUUCCAGAGGGACAAGGCCAAGAACAUCAAGGACCUGCUGCGUUUCCUCUUCAGCCAGGCCCGCACGGUGGUGGCUGUAGUAAUGGAUGUAUUCACCGACAUGGAGCUUCUGUGUGACCUUAUGGAGGCCUCAAGCCGGCGUGGUGUCCCUGUCUACCUGCUCCUGGCCCAGGAGCACCUGAAGCACUUUCUGGAGAUGUGCUACAAGAUGGACCUCAAUGGGGGGCACUUGCUGAACAUGCGUGUACGGAGCACAUGUGGAGACACAUACUGCAGCAAGGCAGGCCGCCGCUUCACUGGGCAGGCCCUGGAGAAGUUCAUCCUCAUCGACUGCGAGCAGGUGGUGGCGGGCAGCUACAGCUUCACCUGGCUUUGCAGCCAGGCCCACACCAGCAUGGUGCUGCAGCUGAGGGGCCGUAUUGUGGAAGACUUCGACCGGGAGUUCCGCUGUUUGUAUGCCGAGUCACAGCCUGUGGAGGGCUUCUGUGGUGCUGAGGAAACACUGUCUCCCCGGGCACUGCGUCCUCCCCCAGAGGCCCUGCCCUUCGGGCCUGGCAUCCCAAGCCCCAUGUCGUCCUCACCCUCCAGCACCAGCCUCAGCAGCAUCAAACGCUCACCUCUCAUGGGUCACUCCUCCUACCUCGCUCUACCAGGAGGUGGUGGCUGCAGUGACAUGAGAAUCGGGUCUUCGUCCCCUAGCCUUGCCCACCGAGAGCCCAGUGACCAGCCCUCCCUGCACCGCCAGCUGUCAGACCCUAACCGUGUCUCCUCUCCUGGGCUCUACAGGGCCAACCUGGGCAAGCUGGGGGCAUACCCAUGGGCCCAGUCCUCCCCUGCCCUCAACCACAAUAGCACCAGCCCCUUGACCCUGGCAGUGGGGUCACCUCUGAUUCCCCGCUCCCGCCCUCUCCUCCACUUCUCCCGGGGUGUCUCAGCUCUGUCCCAGCUCCCAGAGAAUGGGGUCUCAGGAAACCAGGAGCCUAGCCCUCCACGAGGUCGCCGGGUACCUGGGAAAGCCCUGGAGCCAGUGGAGGAGAAGAAGGUAUCUCUGAGUCAGAGCCAUGGCCAGCUGGAUCUCCUUGUCCCUUUCCCCAGAGCCCGAGAAGCAGGAGAUCCUGACUCUGGGGUUUCACCAAACUCAGGUUCUCUUUGGCCUGGCGAACAGGCCCCAGAGGACAGGAGUUUGUCCCCAGGCCAGGGCAACAGCCAGCUGGAUCUCCUGCCCCAGGCCCAGGGUGCUGGAAGUACCCCUGAGUCAGGUUCCCUCAGGCCUGGUGAUCAAGUCCCAGAGGACAGAAGACUGCCCCUAAACCACAGCCAUGGCCAAUUGGACCUCCUGGUACAGCACCCCAAGGCCCGGGGCUCCAGAGCACCCCCUGAAGCCAACUCCUCAUCCAGGCCUGCCAAGCAGGGUCCAGAUGAGCGACGGCAGACCCUGGGCCACAGCCAGCUGGAUCUCAUCACAAAGUUCGGCCCGUUCCGGGGUGAGGGGCCUGGGCCCAGUGGUCUCCCAGGACCAAGCCCUGCUCACAUGGCUGGAGUGGGCUCUGGGGAGAAGCGGCUGACUCUGGGCCACAGCAAGCUGGACCUCAUCACCAAGUAUCAUCAGUUGCAAGGUGCCAGGCAGGGGCCUGAGCCUGGCCUCCUUGGGGGUCCCACAGGUGGCCAUCGCAAUGGUAAUAGCAACGACCUGUUUCAAGAUGAGAAACGGCUGACCCUGGGCCACAGCAAACUGGACCUCAUCACUAAAUACAACAAGUCCAAGUUCAAGCUGCUCCGAAGUCGCUUUGAGUCCUAGCUCCUCCAUCCACUGAGACUCUGAACUUGCUCAGGUCCCAGACUCUGGGGAAGGGAGGUGUCUAGAAGCUCAGGUCAGACACAUUGUCUGGGCUAAAGAUUCUUGCUUACUCACAUACACAGAAUCACAGGAAAAUGAAACCCACAGUUAUUCGGUGUCUACUGCAUGCCACUAUGCUGGGCACUUCACACCGGGUACUACUCAUUCUUCAUUCUUACAACCUCUUACAAGAUGGACCUCUUGUAGGUAUAUAAUUAUAGGAUAAUAGAUGUUAUCCCCCUUUUUUAUAUAUGCAGAAGCUGAGGCUCAAGAGAGUUUGAAUGACUUACUUGGAGUCAGUCCAAGUAAAUGGCAGAGUAGGGACCUAGACCUGUGUCUUUCUGGCUCUUUUUUACACAGACAUGAUACAAUAUCCACAAUUCACAUGUCCCUUUGCACACAAAAUAUGCGCAUUACAGAAAUUCCCCAAGUGCCCAUUCCAUAUAUUAUACACAGCACAUUGAUAGGGUACAUAUCCACAAACUGCAUACUCACAGCCACACACAUAGGUCCAUGUGAGAAACCAAACACUCAGAAUUUUAGUUGUGGGCACUCAAUAACUGUCAUUUGGCUAAAUGAAUGGCUACACAAAAUACCUGCAUUCAGUGUACACUGUAGACCCCCUCAGGAUCCACAGACUAUAAAUAUGCCUAUAACCCCACACAUACACACACACACCCCAACCAGUAUCUUCUUGAACCUAAGCUGUUUCCAGCCCUGCACAGGGCAUACCAUAGGGCUGACAAAUGAAUCAGACUCAGACCCAGGGGACAAGGAUCAAAUGCAUAAACCAUUUGGAGAACAAGUCAUAGCUGUAUCAAGUUAAAGGCUAACCAGUGACAGAGGGCAACAGAAAACAAAGGGCAGAGAGUCAUGGAGAUGGUGGAGUGGUCAGGAUAGUUUCAUAGAGGAGGCAGCCUUUGAGCCAGACCUUGAAGCAUGAGGAGGUUUGGGACAGACAGAGGUGAGAGAGGAAUUUUUGGUACAGGGAACCAGGCGAACAGAUGUCCAAGAGAGGACUGAGUGAAAGAAUGAGAUUGGGCUCCAGAUCUGAACUUCUGUCCCGCACAGCGGAGCUGGACUCAUCACUUCCUCAAACCGGCCCUUCCUGCUGUGGCUUCAUUUCAGUAAAUACCUCUAUCAUCAACCCAUCUUCUGUGAGACACCCCUGGCUCCGGGUCUCCUUUGUACUUCACAUCCGACCAGCCGCAAGUCUAGGUCGAUUGUAGCUCCCCAAAAGCUCCUGAAUGAAGAAUGAAUGAAUGCACGCACGCACGUAAGCUGGGGGCGGGGCCGCGUCGGGACCAUAGCAACCAUAGAGUCCUCCUAGAGGAUGGCGGUAGAGGGGCCGUAUGCGUCGCUGGGUGCGCAGGCCCUCCCGGAAGUCUCCUGGGCGGAGGCGGAAACGGAAACAUUUUGAGGGAGGCGAAGGGUCUGUUGUCGCGUGUGGAGCUUGCGGUUACUGGCCUCAUGGCGGUCCGAGCGUCGUUCGAGAACAACUGUGAGAUCGGCUGCUUUGCCAAACUCACCAACACCUACUGCCUGGUUGCCAUCGGAGGGUCAGAGAACUUCUACAGUGUGUUCGAGGGCGAGCUCGCAGAUACCAUUCCCGUAGUGCACGCGUCCAUCGCCGGCUGCCGCAUCAUCGGGCGCAUGUGUGUGGGGAACAGGCAUGGUCUCCUGGUGCCCAACAACACCACCGAUCAGGAGCUGCAACAUAUUCGCAACUGCCUCCCAGACUCAGUGCAGAUCCGGCGGGUAGAGGAGCGGCUCUCAGCCUUGGGCAACGUCACAACCUGCAAUGACUAUGUGGCCUUGGUCCACCCAGACCUGGACAGGGAGACAGAAGAAAUCUUGGCUGAUGUGCUCAAAGUGGAAGUCUUCAGACAGACAGUGGCUGACCAAGUACUAGUAGGAAGCUACUGUGUCUUUAGCAAUCAAGGAGGGUUGGUGCACCCUAAAACUUCAAUUGAAGACCAGGAUGAGCUUUCUUCUCUUCUUCAGGUCCCCCUUGUGGCAGGCACUGUGAACCGAGGCAGUGACGUGAUUGCUGCUGGGAUGGUAGUGAAUGACUGGUGUGCCUUCUGUGGCCUGGACACAACCAGCACAGAACUGUCGGUGGUGGAGAGCGUCUUCAAGCUAAAUGAAGCCCAGCCUAGCACCAUAGCCACCAGCAUGCGGGAUUCCCUCAUUGACAGCCUCACCUGAGUCACCUUCAGUGUUCUGUGGGCUCCUGGCUCUGGACUUUGGCUCCCUCUCCAUGCCCCACCCAGUCUGUACCAGAUGCUGACAGGGAGGUGGCAGAGAGCUCAUUGGAACUUAGUGGCUGCACAUCCAGGCCCUUUUUACCUGUGCCAAAAUCCCGAAUCCAUCAUUGCUUCAAAAACCUGUUAUGUUUUGCUGGCUGUCAGGCCCUGUGGCUCCUGGCUGAGGGUUCUGCUGUCUUGUACCACCUCAUUAAAGCACAGCUGCCUCUGGC